AUGUCACCGGUGGUAUCUCCGGUUGUUGAGACGUCGCCGUUUCAGUCUGAUCUCGACAUCAUCGAUGACCUCAGCGUGCCUUCCGCCGAUAAGGAGUGGAUAUUUGACGUCCUCUUAAACGACGUCAUUCGUUACCGCUAUAACGACCAUUUCAGGCUUUUUCCUGGAAUCGAGUUUUACAGAACACUCGUAUACAACCGAGCUGACCGCAACGAGAUAUGGGGCCUUAUUCAGCGGUUCCAUGAAUGGAUCUCAAGUGUUGCAGCAUCCUCUCCAACUGAAGCAGACGAGGCUAUCGCGGCUUUAGAGCAUCGUGCGGCACUUUACGGCUGGGCGGGAACGCAGGGAGGACUCUCGGAUCUUGCGCAGCAGAGGCAGUCUGGACCUCAAUCGAUUAUCUCAAUAUCCCCUUCAGUCGCCACUCCGGUACAACAAGGCGAUGGAGCUAAGUCUCAGCUAUCCCCGUUGCACGAACAUGAGCAUCCGCUACUUCAGGCGGAGUUGGUUGUUACCCCGGCCUUCGAAUACAAAGGCCUGAUUCAGAACAUGAACCACUUCACCGAGGUAGACAACGCCUAUGAGCGGCACGUGAAGCGCACAGGUGGUGCGGCUCCCGAAGACGACAUGUCAUGGCCUACUUCGUCAGAAAAGCAGCGGGGAUACAUUCAGCAGCUAUUUGGAAGUAUCACCAACGUCAGUGAUUUCUUUGAGCUGCGAAAGGCUCGCGAGCGUCUUAGCAAGGCUGCGAAUGUUCAACAGGAUCCAGCGACACUUGAUAACGAAGAGAACCCCAGGAAGCGUCGGAGAGGCCGCAGCGGUAUUAAUGCCCGCGAUAACAUCCCGGCCAGGCCUAAGGGGAUAAGCAAGACAGAUUGGGCCUUGGUGGAUGCUGAGAACUCUUCCGCAGAUCUUCUGGAUGCCGUCAUACAUCACCAGAUCUCUGGCGUUGAAAUUGAGCUGCUGUGCUGGAGGCUGCUGCGAUCUGCAAUGGAGCAGCAGCAGGGGUUCACAAUGCGCCCUCUCUGGUCGGGUACAAGGACAGUGUCAACGUGGGAACACUUUGAUACUUUUUCUGCACGAUGGACUUCGAUAUGCAACAACCUUCAGGAUUGUAAAAUGAUCCUCCAUUCUCUGACGCGUGCGGACUGGUUCUGUAAAUAUGCUGGCGCGCCUUCCAAAGAAAGAGGGGCCAAGUUGAGUAACGACCUUCUGAAUGGUCGAAGGAACAUCCAGAACCAGGUUGGCCGAGAAGUUAUCAAAGAAAAGACUUUGAUGCAAGACUGGAUCACAACGGAUGAUUUUGAGAUCAGAGACAAAGCCGGAGAACUUGUCUUGAAGGGGGGCAACCUUGGUGACAAAAAGAGCCGCCAGCUCGCUUCAAGAAGUCAUAAUGGGGAUUUUUGA